ACGAGUAUGCAGUAAGUGAGUACUACAUUGUUAUAAGAUGCACGGCGUCAUUUGAUUUCAUCUCUGCACUAAAUCAGCCAUUUUGAUGUACUUCUAUCCUUGACGUAUCAUCAACUCUGUAAAGAUCAUGGUCGGUUCCAAAUACCGUCCGUACAUCCAGCCCCCGUACAAAUACCAGACCACCAACUACGAGCGCCGUAUGAAACGCAUCCGUCGCUUCACACUGCACCGCGCCCUCCACGUCUCCAACCAGGUCCGCGCGUCCACCUUCGACCAGGACGAACUGGAAGGUAUCAUGCAGGAAUUGCACCAGCCCGACACGCUAGACAAAUUCGCUUGGAUCGAAGCUACCGUGGCCGAGAUGGAGCGUCAAGUCGAACCUUUAAACUACAACGGAUUGACACGCGCUCGGGUUCGCCGUUUAAAAGACAUCAGCCAAGGGUUCUUGGACGUUCUGCACAACGAACAGAGGAGGCGAUCGCGGUGCUCGACGACGGUGGGACGAUUAUCAAUCGAUCGCGAGGGCGCUGUUGACGAGCCCGAUCGUUUGAAGGACCUGCUGCACGCGAAAGCCUGCUAUGCGGAUUUAUUGGAGAGUAUUGCGCUGCCGUUCUGGCCGCGAAAGAAGACCGUCGCGACGAAGGAACGGAAAUCGAUUUAUAAUCAGGAGGUGGCGGAGAAGGAGCGCAAGAAGAAGGGGAUCAAGUUGGUGACGAAGAUCAGGCGACGGCGGAGUCGGCGCAGUACACAGAUGCGAAAAAGUCAAACGCGUUCCAGCCGUCCGCUUAUCUCACCAAGAGACGAAAACGCAGCAACACCCGAAAAGCUACCUGAUGAUGCGAUGGAAAGGCAGAAAGUGAGCCCGCUUCCCAGUCCCAGCAGUCACGUGCACGUUGCCGCGAGUAAACACCACAUUCCCACGACACCAUCCCAAACACCAUCGAAAUUAGAACUGGUGACGAAAGCGGCCAGCAGCGUGCCCUCCAUUGUUGCAGAUCCUACCGAGUCAGAUCCUUCAGAUCCUCAUAAGAAAUUACCGCGCUUCAAACAAGAGACAGUGGCGUCGCAGGCAAAAUUAGAUGCAAAGGAAGCUGAGCGGCAAAGGCUCCUCACCCAUCUUCAAGAAGCAGCGGUCACCGUGGCGCCGCUUAAAAGCCACAAGAGCGCCCACGGGAACAAAGAAUCCACGCACUCGCUAGAAAAAUCUCAUUCAACGGCUGCCUUGUUAAACCCCAGGACAUCCGACCAACAACUGCUGUUGGAAGGCAAACGGACAACGGACUCUAUCGUUGCACUAGCCGAAAGUCAGAUAAUGUCCGAUGCCGAAAUUGACGCUUCUCUAGGGAACAAAGAACAUACGGAUUUACUAGAAAAUCAUCAUUCCACGGCUGCUUUAAUUAAUCCCAGGCCGUCCGACCAACAGCUGCUGUUGGAAGGCAAACGCACAACAGACUCUAUCGUGGACAUGGCUGAGAGUCGGAUAAUGUCCGAUCCUGAUAUGGAUGUCUCCCUUCGCAUCGGUGUGAACCGCCCCACACCCAGUGGACCGAACGCCAGUCAGAAUGAAAUAUCAUGGCGCUACGGAGGACAUUAACAUUUUUGACCUUUUUGUUGGUGUGAAGCUGGUAUUCGUGCGGACGGUAUUUUGGUUACACAUUUGAGAUCUGGAUUGAUACGAUCAUUACGACUUGUAGUAUUUCCUAUUCUUUACUUUUCUGUUGUUAAAUUGUUGAAAUAUGUAUAACCUAUGUAGCGUGUGUGUGUGUGUUAUUUCUGUUACCUUGUGUUGUCGAUGUUAAUAAAAAAGUCGAAGGACUUAUUG